UGGGCCCCUGUUACCGCAUCCUCCCAUGCUGCUGCCAGGCCUGUAAUCUGCCAUGGCCCGGGGCCCCCUACCGACUCCUCAUGCUGCUGCCAGGCCCGUAAUCUGCCAUGGGCCCCUGUACCCGCCUCCUCAUGCUGCUGCCAGGUCCAGAGUGUGUCCAUGGGUCCCUGUACGGCCUCCCAUUGCUGCUGUCUCUAUCGCCACACUCUGCCAUGUGCCACUUUCAGGUCUCCUCACACUGCUGGUGGUUUCCAUUUUUGUCAUAGGGUGCUGCAUGGCCUCCCAUUGCUGCUGCCCUCCAACCGCCACACUGUGGCUCCACACUCUGGUUUUGGCCCCGUGACUGGCCAAAUGAGUGAAGUGUGCGGGGUGAUUCUAAGAUCGACGGCAUUCAUCUGCAUGUCAUACUGCCUGACAGUAUUAUUUCUCUUCCCCAGCAGACUCCAAGGGCAUUUAAAUUAAAGGUACAGUGUUCAGCACUAAUAUUA